AUGCCUAAAUGUAAAAAGCCUGGAGAUUGCCCCCAAGGGUGGAGCUGUUAUAUUACAAAAUGUAGACGACAGGAGUGUCACAGUAAAAAGGAUUGCGAGUUUGAAUGGCCAUGUCAGAUGGGCAAAUGUCGAACUAAAGCAUGUACUAAAGACAAAGAUUGCCCCGAAAAUUGGAAAUGUGGAAAGACGCGUCGAUGUAUGAAAACAGUAAAAGAUGAAUAAAGGAAUAUUUAAAAUUAAGUUUUUGAU